AUGGGAUGUUCGCAGCUGUUUGGUGGACAUGGUCAUGACAGCCUCUUCACUGCACGUGAAAUGGAUUCCCGGUGGAAGUCAACAAGGAAGGGGACUUCUAGGGCGUUCAGUACUGAAGCGCUGAAGGCAAAAUUUCCUCUGGUAUUGAAGAAGGCCAAUGAGCUUGUUGAGAUCAUUAGAGGAACCUCUGCCGAUGAGGCUAUAGACUUUCAGCCGCUGUUUGUUCGCUUCACAUUGGACACAGCUGGACUUGUGGGUUACAACAUUGACUUCAAGGCAUUGCAGAACAAGCACUGCCCAUUGUUUGAAGCACUCGUGUAUUGCAGCUCAGAAGCUUUGGCUUCCUCUGCAAACCCCUGCCGUGGUGUUGUGAAGCGGCUCUUCCCCUCAGGCAAACUCGCCCAGGAGUGUGACAAGCUGUAUGGCCAGCUGUACAACGAAUACGACUGGAUUUUAAAAGAACUGAGGGGAAGGGGUGAGCCUGCAGCAGAUGACCACUCCCUUUGGGCCUGCCUGAUGCGUCUGAAGGACCCUGAAACAGGAGUGCCGCUGGACGAUGAGCUCCUGUGCCCGGAAGUAGCAACCUUCAUUCUAGCUGCCACAGACACCACAGCACACCAGGCCAUGUGGGCUAUGUUUGCCAUCGCUGCUCUCCCAGAUGUGCAGCGGAAGAUCGAAGCAGAGAUUAAAGGCUGCGGAAUGUUCCAACGCCUGAGGAAGGGAGGCGUUGACAGGUUGACGUAUUCUGACAUCACCAGUUUGAAUUAUCUGACGAUGGUGACAAAGGAAGCAAUGCGGCUGUUCCCCUCCACUUCCCUCGGUACCUUGAGGUGCACCACCAAGGACGGGGAACGGGUGUGUGGGUAUCGUGUCCCCAAGAACACGUAUGUGAUUGCCUGUAUCCAUGCUCUAUUCAAUGCCCCUUGGCUGUGGGAGCACCCUGAACAUUUCAACCCGGAGAGGUGGUCUAACCAGGCACGACAGGAAGCCUCGGAGGUAGAUGCGCGAUCUGAGAGGAAGGGUGCCACGCGCAGUUUCUGGUCCUUCAGCGAUGGGCCACGGGACUGCAUCGGCCAGCGUCUGGCCAUGAUGGAACUUCUCAGCGUGAUGGCCGUUCUUCUGGCAAACUUUGAAUUCAGGCUUGCUGACAAGAUGGGCGGCUGGGACGGCGCCUGCUCCCGCCAGUACAAUGCGAUGGCCUUGGCCAUCGACGGCGGGAUGUGGCUGCAGUGCCAUCCCCGAACAGAUGCCGCAUGA